AUGGACAAAUUUUUGGUGCGUAAACCAGCCAAAAGCCAGCCUCAGCUUGAGCUUGAGCCUGAGCAGGCCAGCGCGCCCAAAUCGCCGAAAGUGUCGAAAAUUUCGGAGGAAACUAAGCAGCCAAAAACAGAGAAAAAGGACAAGGAGAGCGAUGGCGCGGGCCGGAAAACUGAAGCAGCGAUUCAAGGAGAGAAUGGCCACCAAAAGGAUGACAAGAGCAACAAGAUUCCGUAUUUACGGCUGGCUAAAACGCUGGAGAGAAUCGAGAACACAUCGUCAAGGUUGGAAAUAAUUCGAAUUUUGAGUGAGUUUUUCGCGGAAACACUCCGCCAGGAUGCACACGAGCUCACAGAUUGUGUCUAUUUGUGUGUGAAUCAACUGGGUCCGGCGUACGAAGGUCUUGAGUUGGGUAUCGCUGAGGGAACGCUGAUUAAGGCUAUAGCUGAGGCAACAGGCCGCAAGGUAAGGAUUCCGGGACAAUAUUUUUGA